AUGCAGCUAGUGGAGGAGGUGGCGAAGAGGGAGCAGUGCACCCCCAUCCAGGCGGCCAAGCUGGUGGACCAGUGCCUGGAGGCACGGCAGGUGGGCAAGGCAAGGAAGAAGAGCUUUGCUUGCCUGGGCCGCUCAGACAAGGCAGAAUCGGUGCGUCAAAUGCUUGGCCUGCCGGCCAAGCCGGAGAGCAGCUGA